UACACUCCAGUCCAGCGGUGGCGGUAAUGCAACAAAUAGUUGUCAACCACGAUUUAAAAAAAAAAUAGAAGAAAAAGAAGACCAAACCCGGAAGUGAAGAUGGCGACCGCCUACGAGAGGUUCAACCUGCAUGCAACACCUGAGAAGUUCUACAUUGAGGCCUGUGAUGAUGGAGCUAAUGACGUGUUGGUUAUUGAUAGGGUGUCCACCGAGAUGACCCUCUCAGGUAUUAAGGACAUCCCCCCAUCAGGCGUAACCAGACCCAUUUGUGGAAUCAUGGGAACUAUUCGGCUGGUGGCUGGGAUGUACCUCAUAGUCAUCACCCGGAAAAAGAAAGUGGGCGACCUGUUUGGCCACACUGUGUGGAAAGCACUGGAGUUUGAUGUGAUUUCUUAUAAGAAGACCAUUUUGCACCUCACAGACAUUCAGAUGCAAGACAACAAGACGUUUCUGUCUAUGAUCAGCAAUGUACUCAACACAGACGGUUUCUACUUCUGCACGGAUUAUGACCUGAGCCACACCCAGCAGCGCCUGUCCAACACCAGCCCGGACUUCCAGGAGAUGAGUCUGCUGGAGAGGGCAGACCAGAGAUUCAUGUGGAAUGGAAACCUUUUAAGAGAAAUUAUCGCACAACCUGAGCUCCACAAAUUUGCAUUUCCUGUCAUCCACGGAUUUAUUGUGAUGAAGCCGUGCUGCAUCAAUGGGAAGGUGUUUGAGUGGAUCCUCAUCUCUAGACGGAGCUGUUUCAGAGCUGGAGUCCGAUAUUAUGUCAGAGGCAUUGACUCUGAAGGACAUGCUGCUAACUUUGUUGAGACAGAACAGAUAGUCCAGUACAAUAAUUCCCAGGCCUCCUUUGUGCAGACUCGAGGCUCCAUGCCCUUUUUCUGGUCUCAAAGACCUAAUCUGAGGUACAAGCCCAAGCCGCAGAUAAGCACAGACACCAAUCACAUGGAUGGAUUCAGGAGGCAUUUUGAGUCGCAGGUUCUUAUUUAUGGCAAACAAGUGGUUCUAAAUUUGGUGAAUCAGAAAGGAUCUGAACUGCCCCUUGAACAGGCCUUCGCCAAAAUGGCCAGCGGCAUGGAGAACGGACUCAUUAAGUACAUAGCCUUUGACUUUCACAAAGAAUGCAGUAAGAUGAGAUGGCAUCGCCUCCAGAUUCUCGUUGAUGCCGUUUCUGACAUGCAAGAGGAGUUUGGGUAUUUCAUGGUGAGCUCAGACGGGAAGGUGACGUCCGAGCAGUCUGGAACCUUCCGCAGUAACUGUAUGGACUGUCUGGACCGUACCAACGUCAUUCAGAGCCUGCUGGCCAGACGCUCCCUACAGAGCCAGCUACAGAGGAUGGGGGUCCUCCACGUAGGCCAGAAAAUUGAGGAGCAGGCUGAUUUUGAGAAGAUUUAUAAGAACGCAUGGGCAGACAAUGCCAAUGCUUGUGCUAAACAGUACGCAGGAACCGGAGCAUUGAAAACCGACUUCACCAGAACCGGGAAGAGGACUCACUGGGGCUUGGUAAUGGAUGGCUGGAACUCAAUGAUUCGUUACUACAAGAACAAUUUCUCAGACGGGUUCAGACAAGACUCCAUCGAUCUCUUCCUUGGAAACUAUACAGUGGAUGAAACCGAAAGCUUGACGCCUCUGCAUGUGCAGAAGGACUACAAGUUCCUCUUGCUUCCUGUUAUUAUGGUGGUGGCCUUCUCCAUGUGCAUCAUCUGUCUCCUAAUGGCAGGGGACACUUGGACAGAGACGCUGGCGUACUUGUUAUUCUGGGGCAUGGCCAGUGCUCUUACAGCCGCUGUCAUCGUGGUCAACGGACGGGAGUUUGUAGACUCACCAAAACUGGUCCAAAAAGAGAAGAUGGACUGAAUAUCGAGACCUCCUUCCUUCUGUUCUCUCGGUUUCCUCUUUAUUUCCCUCCAAUACUCUCCACACUGUCCUUAAACUUCUUCAGCAGAGCAAAUAUCCUGUUUCCUGCUCCUAUAGAUGGAGCCUCUUUGUAUUACCAUAUAAUUUCACACCAGUUACUGUCUGCACUACAAAUUACCUUUGAAUCAUGGGACAAACUUCAUGAAAUUUCCUUAACAUUAUAGUACUUGCAUCAGUUUAGAAUUACUCAUGGGUUUCACAACA